ACAAUGUCGAAUUCUAUCUCCUCUAUUUUCUCGCUUGUUCAAACGAAUUUGAAUACGUAAUACACAUUCGAAAAGUAAAGUUGAUUAAUCCUCCUAAAUACAAAGAAAAGAAAAAAGCAAUUUCCCAAAAAUGUAAGUUCCUUAACCAUCCAUAUUCCUUCCAUAACAUAAAUCUCACCCUCCUAUAUAUAUGCACACAUAGCUAAAUUCCUAAAAUCAAUGAAAAAAUAUUCCAAUCCUCAUUUUCUCCAAAAUCUUGAAAACCCUCAUUUGUUAAAAAUCUUCAAAAAGAAAUAUAGAAAAAUAUUCCAAACCUCAUUUUCUCCAAAAUCUUGAAAACCCCAUUUGUUAAAAGAUCUCCAAAAAAAUAUAUAUAUAUAUACAAUGGCAUCGAAAGUGAUGGAGGUGGUAAAGAAUCUUGAUUUGAAGAAGUACAUUGGUAGAUGGUAUGAAAUAGCUUCAUUUCCAUCAAGAUUUCAACCAAAAGAUGGUGCAGACACAAGAGCUACAUACACAUUGAACCAAGAUGGAACUAUACAUGUGUUGAAUGAGACAUGGUGUAAUGGGAAAAGGGAUUAUAUUGAAGGGACUGCUUAUAAGGCUGAUCCAAAAAGUGAUGAGGCAAAAUUGAAAGUGAAGUUUUAUGUUCCACCAUUCUUGCCUGUUAUUCCUGUUGUUGGUGAUUAUUGGGUUUUGUAUAUUGAUGAGGAUUAUCAGUAUGCUUUGAUUGGUCAGCCUAGUAGGAGGUAUCUAUGGAUAUUAUGUAGACGACCACAUCUUGAUGACGAGAUUUAUAACCAGCUUGUUGAGAAGGGUAAAGCAGAAGGCUACGAUGUGAGUAAGCUUCGCAAGACACCACAAUCCGAUUCCCCGCCAAGUGAAGAUGGCCCCAAGGACGACAAAGGAAUAUGGUGGAUCAAAUCAAUCCUUGGAAAAUAGGCAAAGAAAGUACAACAACAACAACAGACCCAGUGACGCAGUCCAUACCACAACCUCCGGAGAGGUAGCAAGGUUGUUUCCGUUAGACCCCAGGCAAAGAAAGUACAAUGGUAUAAAAGAAAACUAUACAAAGACCAAUGAAAUGAGUGUUUAAAACAAUCUUUAGUAUAUUGAAUCCUAAGAUUAUGAUUUUAGUAGUCUUUUUCCUUUGAAACUAUGUGAAGUUUUUUUUUUUUUUUUUGGGGGGCGGGGGGGUUCAAUCCGGUGUCCGGUGCUCGCAUCGGAGCCCCGACUAAUCCGGAUCGCACGUUACAGGACCCAUUAAGGUGGCAGCGCUCCCAAAAGAGUUUUCUCCAUAUCCAGGGUCGAACCCUCGACCUCUGGUUAAGGGUGGAGCAGCCCUAUUCACUGCAUCACAGAUGGAAACUAUGUGAAGUUGAUAGUACUAAAAGUGUGGUUUGUAUUUGAAUCUUGUGUGAAAUGUUGAACAAGUUGACAGUUCC